GCUCACGGAUUUGGCGACCUCGUCAAGAACUCGCGCGGCAUCGUGCAGUUUGGCCUCACCCCCAUGCGCCAGCAGGCCGUGGGCAACUUCUUCUACAAGGGCCCCUUCAACUUUGUGCGUCGCGUCGCUGCUGACGGUCCCGUCGCUCUGCCCGGCAUCCUUGUUCUUGUCGGUACCAUCAUGUGGGCCAACAACGAGUUUGAGGCACGCAAGCGCAAGAACCCUGCCGACUACGCCAACGACCAAUAAGCUCAUCGCGCCUUUUUGUUCGACCACCCACGUCCCAUCCCUCGCAGUGGAAGGCGUGUGAGGUCGCACG